CGUUGUAUAAUCUAUGCAGGUGCCUGUCCCGUCUUGGACCAGUUCACUUACUCAUAUCUUGAAUCACGUAGAUUCCAAACCGGUAUUUCCCGGCUCCCACGUAAUGUCAUUCACCGCAUCAUGGGAUACUUGGAAGUACGUGACAUCAGCCGUUUCGCGCAAGUCACUCGAAGGCAAGCAAACAACGCACAGUCCUACCUGCUCGAAACAAAUGCCGUUUAUUACACGGGGGACUUGCUGUCCUUUGCGGCCAAGAAUGGCCUCUUGAUGGUUUCGCAAGUCAUACUGAAAGCCCUUACACAACUUGGUCUUGGGCACGCUAUCAACAGGCGGCAUGUCAUCAAGAUCCGCGAGCGGGAAGAGUACAGAGUGGUCAGUCCUCUUUGCAUAACUGCUGCACAAGGGUAUACGAAGUUGGUCAAGUUGUUGCUCGAAUCGGGGGCCAAGUCUAUUUACCACGGCAAACAACCGGCACUAGUGUAUGCCAUUGGCAAUCGCCACGUGGGUACAGCCAAAGAGCUAUCCCGUGGUCGCAAUAUGAUCGACAUCGGACUUGUCACCACCAGGCGAACUGCACUGCAAUUAGCAUGCAGAGAAAAGCUGACAUCUCUUGUCAAGUACUACCUUCAACGCCAUCGGCGGGAAGGCACUCUUAAUCUCCACGAGUGCAAUGCGGCUUUGCGUCUUGUGGUCCGCCAGGACAUAAGGGGGGACCCGUUUUCGGUGCACCCGCACGAAGACGUCUACAAGAUAGUAUCGAUGCUUUUGCGUCAUGGAGCGGACCCUACUAUUGUAGAGGACCUUUACCGAAGGCACCCUGAUGUUCAUACGAGAGAUCUGAUUGAACAAUCAUUGCCCAAAGUUGGCGAGGAGGAAUCGUACCACCUUGAAUGGCUUUUCUCUCCAGACCAAGACAGUCAGCACAACCUGCAAACGGCUACUAUCCUUUCGCAGCCCACCAGUCUACCGACUCAGAUGGAAGGCAUUGUUGGGACAGAUCACGGUGCAAAUACCCAUCAGGGGACCCCGGAUGCCCAGCAAGAUCAGACUCGUGAAGGUGAGAAGAAGAAGAAGAGGAGUGCUGGCGGCAAGAAGCCGUUACCUGAUCCAGUACCUCGUAUCUUCACCGGCGAUGAGGUCCAUCCAGCUUCAACUACACCCUAUCUCCCAAGAUACCCUUGGUACAAAAAGAUGGGAACAGUCAAGACCCUGCCUUUCAGCCCCGCAUAUCGUACACAGAAGUUCAACGCAUACAUCAAUGAGUGUGGGGAGAAGAUGCGAAGAGCGGAAUCAGAGGAUGACCUCGCAGAGAUUGCGAAAAACAUGCCGCCCGCGAUACAAAACAUGGUACGUCGACGAGAUGGCUCAUACAUACUGGGGUUCAACCCAUCCUUUAACGGAACAUUGAUGGCUCCGAUGCGAAAAUCACCUCAUCGUAAAGCUACCUGA